UCUUCCGCUUCUCUUUACUUCAUCCUCCUCUCUCUCUCUCUCUGCGACUUUUAGCCCUUUCAACCACUUUCGAUUCACGCCUCACUUCCUGCUCCAAACACCGAACUGCUACCCUCUCCUCCUCCGACACCAGCAUUUCCACCUUUCGCUUCUAGCAUGGACUCCGAUUCCUGGACUUCUGCUCGUUUCUCUACUUCUUCCCGCCGCUAUCAAUCUCGAUCUGAUCAUCAGUACCUUGUUGGUAUCGAGGAUACGGAUGGAGAUGAUGAUUUCAGGGCGGAGUUUUUCUGUCCUUUCUGCGGCGACGAGUACGACGUCCUUGGGCUUUGUUGCCACAUUGAUGAGGAACAUCCUGUGGAAGCUAAGAGCGGGAUCUGUCCUGUUUGUAGUAAAAAGGUGGGAAUGGAUCUUGUUGGCCAUAUUACCAUGCAACACCGGAAUUUCUUGAAGGCUCACCACAAGAGGAGGUAUAGGAGAGGAGGCUCUAGUUCAGCAUUUUCGUUGCUGAGAAAAGGGGCUCUGCAGUCUCUUUUUGGAGGUUCUUCAUAUGUAGGCCCCUCCAGUGCUACGCCUGAUCCUCUGCUGUCGUCGUUUAUCCAUAGCUCAGUUGUUGCUGAUGAAUCGCUGAGUUUAAUGUCAUGUCCUUCAGUUGAAGCUACCCCUGUAAAGGAUAGCUCAAAGGAUGAUUUGUUGGAAAGAAAACCCCAACAGUCGCAGUUGUCGGAGGAGGAUAAAAUUGAGAAGGCUCGGAGGUUUGAGUUCGUCCAAGGGUUAUUGAGUUCCAUCAUUCUUGAUGAUUAACUUAUGACAGUAAUUGUUAGCUAGUAAGCUACUAGGAGCACCAGGCAUAAGGACGAGGGAGGAGUUUAUUCAGAUCGUGAUGAAGUAGGAGUUGCUAGAAGGGAUAUAAAGUCGUAGUUGAGAUCGUUUUACGUAUGUAUGUAUGCAUCUGUAAUGUAUCUGUAACUAUUUGCGCAAUAAUGCAAAGGAGGAAGAACUACUUUAUUU